AAGUUUGAAUAAAAGGGGUAAUGGAUGAUUUCUGGGCAAAAAGAUUAUAUAGAUAGAGUAGAGGAGUCAUAGAAGUCCCUGUAUAUCUGUUCCUAUCUAAAUUUACGUGCUAAUUAGAAUUUUAAAACUUGAUAAGGAAAAUCAUAGGGGCAUCUGACAUCUGAGGAUAUGACAUUUCUCCUCAAUUCGUUUCUCUCCCCCUACUUACUGGUAACACUGCAAUCUGCAAUACGCUUGAUUUGUUUACAAAUCUUUUAUUUUUUCUGGAUGAAGACUACGAUUUUACAUUCUCUAUACCUGUACAGGAUUAUGUAAUUUCGUAUUUUAAUAAUAUAUGAUAAUAUAUGAAUGUAACUCGCAUUUUAUUUAAGACACUGAGAAAUAUGGCACCAUCAUUUUAUGCAGUGGCUAAAGGCCGCACACCCGGAAUUUACAAUACUUGGGACGAUUGUAAGGCACAGGUUCAUCAGUAUUCUGGUCCUGUGUAUAAAAAGUUUAAUGCGCGAGCAGAGGCUGAAAAAUUUAUCAAAGAAAAUAGCAGUUCAAGUGGAGGAAGUAAUAGCAACAACAGUACACCCAUAGUAAAGAAAAGGCCAGAAUUGAAAAGAAAACCUUCAGAAGUUGUGAACACACGACCAUCUUUAAAAAGAUGUAAACUAAUAAACAUGCAAAGUAUUCCAAAUUCUGGAUGCAAUCAAAGGAAAGCAAGUAUUUUUAUGUACUAUAACCAACUUAUAAGCUUUCCAAAACUAAAGAAAUUGUCAGAUUAUGGUAUGGAUGAUGAAGGUUAUGUGAGUGUGUAUACAGAUGGUGCUUGUAGUUCAAAUGGCCAUGGAAAUGCCAAAGCAGGUAUAGGUGUUUGGUUUGGCGAUGAUCAUCCCAUGAAUGUAUCGCAACCAGUUGUUGGUAGGGCUACUAACAAUAUGGCAGAAAUUCAGGCAGUGGCUGUAGCUGCAACACGCGCAAAAGAAGCAGGCAUUAAAAAAUUAAAAAUACACACAGACUCACAGUUCCUCAUUAAGUGUAUAAACAAUUGGAUGCCAAAGUGGAAAUCUAAUGGAUGGAAAACUUUAGCCAAUAAACCUGUUACAAAUAAGAUUGAAUUGUUAGAAAUGGAGGAGGCUCUCAAGUCCUUAACUGUGAAAUGGGUACAUGUCAAUGGUCAUGUGGGAAUUCAUGGUAAUGAAAUGGCUGACAAAUUGGCAAGAGCAGGUUGUGUAAAAUAUUGAAGAUAUCAUGUAAGAAAUAUUAUUAUUUAUUUUUAUACUUUAUUUAUAAUUCAUUUAUAAUUAAUGACUUUCUCUAACAAUUAUGUAAUGACGUAAAAAAAAGAUAUAAAUUAAUUUAAACAAUCAAAUAUAGAAAGACACACUUUAAUGUGUGGUUAAUUCAU